CGAAGAACCCCUUCUUGACGUUUGACUCCUCAAAUCAAGCUAUCUAGUAUCGACAACAGCCAGGUUCAGUUUAGACUUCUUCAAGGAUAUAGAUUCAGUAGUAAAUUGCACAGUUAGAAAUUUGCUGAGUAGCUCCCGUGCAAAAAGUGGAACCUUUAUAUCACAUUGUUUUCACUUUGUAAGCCUCACAUGACAAGAGAAAGGUCCGUAUUGAUGUCAACCCUUCGGGACAAGUCGGUAGUCAAGCAUCGUACAAGCUGAGCCUUUCCCUCCAUAAAACAGGACAGCAAGAGCCGCCUCUAUACUAAAUUUGUACGUGAAUGAAGAGCAACGACAUGCUUUAAAGAUUGAAGGAGAUAACACGAGCGCCCCUUCUUGGGGACCUUCCUUGAUGUCCCAUGUCAGCCCUGCUAUCUAAGAAGCGCUGGGUGAGGCAUGGCGACAGAGGAGUGGAUAAAACGUGCCAUACAGAAUGGGAAGCUCUAUGAAGACUUGCCUCCCAGAGUCAGAUCUGUGCUGCCAGUCAGCGAGUGGAAGCUGAAGGUAAAGGAGCAUUGCAUACAGAGAGGCCUGUCCUGGGAUGAUAGCCUGGCCAACACCAGCUGCCAGGAGCAGGAGUACUAUGAGGACCUGCUUCGAUACUACAGAUACAAUUACAGGCUGUUCCCGUACCACUUGGCGGACUAUGUGUGUCGAGUAUUACGGGUCACGCCGUUCAGAUAUUACUGUGACCUGCUCUUCACGGUCAUGCGGGAGGAGAAGAGCUAUGACCAGAUACCCAACUUCACGGCAGCAGACAUCGUGCGCAUUGUGGGCAUCGGACGCAACGAGUACAUCGCGACGAUGAACAAGUGCAAGGCGAAGAAGCUGCUCUGGCGCAUGAACAAGGCGGUUGUGAAGGAGCACCUGCCCACAGAGCCCUUGGAGCUCUCCAAACAGCCCUGGUGGACCGCCCAUGUGGUCAACCUGGGCGAGGUGGAGUUCCGUAACCUGGCCCCUACGGAGCUGGCUGUGUGCACGGAGGCGGCGCGGCCGGGCGGCGUGCGGGUGCGCGACUCGGACGGGACGCUUGUCGAGUCGCUGCACAAGCGCGGCCUGCUCUACCUCGAUGUGCCCAUCCGCCCGGACGACCACGUAUCCAUCCCGCCCCUUGAGGGGUUUGUGAGCAAUAGGGACAGUGAGCGCAAUGAGGACAGGGCGGACCCCAUAGAGAUCAUCCUCUACGCUGUGUUUGUUGCCACGUCAGCUCGCGCAAGCGUCGCUGAGCUGGCAGACAUCCUGCAGGUGGAGCUGCCCAAGCUGCAGGCCGCCAUCUCCAUAGCCUGCCGCCUGGGCUUCGCCACUCGGCUGCCCAACCCUGCAGAAGACGAGGACGCGUUCAACGCUCCCUCCAUGUCUCUGGACUUUGACCUGGAGAGCGAGCAGGGGGAUCUGAGCCCCACCACGCGCGCCAGCAGCCUGGGUUAUGGCAUCGCCAGCCUGGCGGCCGAGGAGGCCGAUGACGGGCACGGCGGCCAAGGAAUAGCCCUGGUGGUCGACGCAGAGGUGACAUCUUACCUGAUGAUGGGUGCAUUGUCACCGGGGCUGAAGCGGCACUCUGUGACACUCUUCGAAGGUGGGCGCGUGACUGGCGCUGAGGUCAUCUCCGAGCUCAUAUCUGAGCUGGAUGCCAGCGUGGAGGCGGCUGCGGGCUUUGAAGGGGAGAUGCAACGGCUGGCAGGCUAUGCCAGGGCGCUGUCAACUUCGCUGCGGUGCGUUCGCGCGAGCGGCGGCUCGCGGCCCAUCGAGCUGCUGCGCAAGGAGAGUCUGGCCGGCCUCGCGCCGGCGGCGGCCGCGCGUGUGCUUAGUCACGCUUACAUCGCCGUCGUGCCCAUCGCCCCCCUGCCGUACCCCCCGCUUCCCCUCGCGCCCAACCGGCCCGGACCGACGAAUUUCGGUCCGACGGCGGAGGCGGCCACUCCCUGGAUGCAGCUGGCGUUGUACAUGGCGAUGCGGGCGGGGCCGGUGUCGGUGGUGUUUGUGUGCGGGCAGCGGCUGUGGCGGCUGCCGCCGCAACUGCUGCAGUGCACACACGCGCUGCUGUGGCCCUGGAACAUGGACGCCGUCCGCGCGCAUGAGGUGCCCGUUGUGGUGGAAGCUUCCUUUCUGCUGUUUUCGCUGAACGAGUACCUGUCUCGGACGGCGUUGCUGGUGCAGCCGCUGCACCUGCCGCCAGACUCGGACGAGAAGGACCUGUGCUUCGUGGACAUCCCUCUGCCGCUGCCGCCCACCCAGCAGACCCUCAUUGGAGGCAUCGACGCCUCCAGCGGGGAGGUGGUGGAAAUGGCGACGCCACAGGGACUGAGAGAGGCGGUGGAGGACUUGGGGCUGCAGCGCGCGCUGGGAUUUGUGCGAAUGCUGCGGCUGAGCGCGGACGACCCCCUCAACUACCCCGAGCCUGACCCCCUGCCGCCGCACGCCCCCGUGGACCUGGCCGACCUCAGGCUGGAGGAAGAAGAUGAAGAGGAGGAGGAGGGGCCGGAGGCAGAGGGGAAUAACGCGCACACGGAGGGGAAUAAUACACACGCAGAGCAGCAGAACGGGGGAACGCCUGCGGAUGUGUGGGUACCGGUGGCGCUGGGGCUGGGCCUGCCGCUGUCGCCGGACAAGCUCUGCAUCGCCGUCUGCGGCCGCGCCGGCGCCUCCAACUUCCUUGAGGCGGACGUGCGGCGGGAGCAUGCGAUUGGACAAGCGGUGUUGCAACGCCGGCUCUUUGAACUCAUUGCGGAUUACGGCGCAUGCACCAACUGCCUCGGCGGCGCCGGCGGCCGCAAGGAUGACACACUUGCCUACGUGGACCUGCCGAUACAUAAUCUCUUAUUUGACGGCGCGGAGAUGUGGCGGCUGGAUUACACCGACUUCACACAAGGCGUCGGCACGCUCUGCGUCGAGUGA